AGUGGACUGUGAAGGCAUCACAAAGUGUCAGAGAGAGAAAGACAGACGGUCAGAGCGUGACCAGCAGAGAGGGAGAAGAGUUCCUGUGAUACGGUCGAUCUCUAACAUUUAAACCUCAUUAUCUUCGUCUUCUUCAUCCUCAUCAUCACCUUCCUCCAUGUCGGUCCUUCCUCUGUGGGUCAAAAUGCUGCGGCAGGUCUGGAGGAUGAAGGGCCUCUUCAUCCUCAUCUGCAGCCCGUUCCUCCUGCUGCCACUCGCUUUCAGCACCACGGUAAUGACCAGUUCGACUAACCAGUAUACUGACUGCUUAAAUGACCAGUUUUAAUUCAACCAGAGUUAAUUCAUUUGAAUCAAUUAUUUAGAUUCACAAAAGGUGGCGUCUGUUUUCCAUCUGACUUCAGGUACCCUUAGGUUUACCUUUGGGUUCCCUUUAACAGGUUUUAAGGUACCCUAGACCGUCAGGAUGUUUGUCGUCUUAAGUGUGUUUUUAGGUUCCCUUUCAAAUCAGUUUCAAGAUCCCAUUAUCUUGUUUCUGAAGCAGUUUGAAGAGUAUGUCUUGAUCUCCAGAAAUUGUCAAAAGUUGCUUUUACUAAUCUGAAUUCCUUCAGCAUGUAUUGUUUUUCUGGGAGUCAGAACAUAAAACAGUUUAAAAUAUUUAAAAGGCAUCUAUUUAAAGGUUCGCUAUAGGCGAUGUCUUAAACCAUCCAGUUGAAAAUCGAAUUAUCUGUUUUAAGUGAGACCGACCAGUUUUUGUUUUUUUUUUAAUAAUCAGAUUUAAUUUUAUUUUCAGAAUUUACAUAAAAACAGACAUUAUUAAGCAGUGUUCUGAUCUAGGGAACAAUCAUUAAUAAACAGGAUUGAAAUAGCGUCGAGAAUGACAAAAGAAAACAGUAACCCUCUCUUUUACAGUACACUUAUUACCAGGUAAUUAACAGGUAACUACCUAGUAACAACAUGAAAUUGUCCGGUAAUUACAUGAUAACUACUAAGUCAAUACUGGCUAGUUUUUCUUUUUUCUGUGCAGCUCCGUUUUCAAUAGCUAUUUGGGGUUCUUAUUUUCUAUGAUUGACACUUGAUACAGCCUAUUGGCGUGUGAAGAUUGCGUAGCGACACGCUGUUUUAGCGGAGCGUAAUCCCAGCGACUCACCCACCGAAUGCGUACAAUGCUACUGCGCAAGUGGUGGUUCCAGGAAGCGAAGAAAAGCCUAGAAAUACCAGAGCAAUUCGGCUUCAAAUUUGUAUGAUGAUGGAAGGUAACCUACCUGGUAGCUAGACAGGAUUGACUUUGUAGUUAUCAUGUAAUUACCAGAUAAUUUCAUGUUGUUUCUAGGUAAUUACCUGUUAAUUACCUGGUAAUAAGUGUACUGUAAAAGAAAACGUUACCAAAAAAGGAUUAAACAUGAGGGGAAAAAAAGGAAAACAAAACAAAAAGAAGGGUAAACGAAGAAAAACCCCAACACAACUCAACAAUGUGUCACCAAAUAAAGAAAUAUGUGUCCUUGUACUUAUUAAAAAAAGGAUUUUUUAUCACCAGUCAGCUCAGUCUGAGACCCUCUAAACCACUGUUUUCCCUCCGUAUAGUUCACUUAAACCUUUAGGCGAGUUAGGGGCCGCCAUGUGUCCCUAAAGAUAUCAUCAUUCCACUUGAAUUUGGCACUUAGCCUUUCCAUCGGAAAAACUAUAAACAUUUCUUUGUACCACUGAGUUACAGUGGGAGGUUUGUCGCUUGUCCAAUUAAGUAGUCUACAUUUUCUGGACAGAAAUAAGAGUUUAUAAAGUAAUUUUGAUCUUCUCUCAUCCAUAACUCUAUUCGUAGGUGGCAGCCCCAACUAACCAGUUUUAAUGUAAAGUUUCUGUCUUUAAGGACCUUCAGUUUUGAGUUUUACCAACCAGUUACAAUCUUACUGUCUGUUUUGUGGUAUGCUUUAACAAUAGAUUUAAAGGCGUCUGUUUAAAUGUAUUUCUAGUAAUAAGACCAACCAGUUUAAAGUAGACGUCUGUUUUAAGGUACUCUGAUCGAAUAGAUGAUUGUUUUAAAGUAUCUGAGGGUGUUAGUUCAACCAAAAACUUAAAUACUCCAAUCUGAUCAGAAUCUAAAAAAGGUUUUGAGCAUCUGCUUCAUAGUACCGGUUUAAAAUUCUAAGUGCAUUUUUCAAGGUACCAUAUGCAAUGGGUUUUCUAACUACUCCAAAUGUAAACAUCUGUUUUAAGGUUUCCUGAGUCGUGAAGUUUGUUUGGAAAUCUUCAGUUGAAAAUUUAGGGCUUUAAUAAAUUAGUUUGUUAUUGUUUCCAAAGUGCUGAAAAGCAACUUAUCCUGCCAAACAGAAUAGAUAUUUCACUCGUGUUAAACUCCAGCCUCAGGAACUGUCUUUGCAGGUUUGAACUGAGGCAGUUUACAUUUACAGGGUUUUCGUAGCUGCAGGUUUGAGUCACUGAUUUACAAACACAUACCAAACUGUUAAAAGUUCAGCAUCUGAAGUUACUGAGCAGCUGUUCAAAAGGAGAAAGACCUGAUCCCAUUAGAGCCGCUUGAAUCUAAUCUAAUCUGCUGUAACAGAUUCACUGUCGGGUCUGAUGUGUGUCUGUUAAAUCCUCUGUCAGCGCUCAAGUCCUGCUCUAAGACAGAUACAGCUGUUAUUAAGGUCUUAACAGGGUUGUGUAGUUGUAUAGUUAGAGAUAAAUGUGGCACUCGCAGGGUUAAUGUUAAAUGGUUCAGGAGAUCUGCGUCAUUUCCACAUUAUUCCACCUCCAUCAUGCACCACAGCCCAGUCUGGAUUCAGUCCAGAAGGUCUCCCGUAACUUUUCCCAGAAAUCCACACUGAAAGGGUUCAUCCUCACAGCAGCAGGAGUCUGUGUCUGUUUUGAGUGUUCGAGGUUUUCUGUCUUUGUGUGACUGACACUCCUCCUCGAAGCUCUGCAGGGUGAAACAAAAACUCACCUGAUAGUUCCUCAGACCUCCCUGUGUUCAGUCCCACCGUGGAGCUACACAUGUUUUCUGAAAAUACUCACUUUUUACACGCCUUUUAGAGUUCUAGUCUGAGUGUUCACUUCAGUUACUCAGGAUAGAUUCUAUUUUAGGAUCUUUUCAGUAAUUAAUUUAAGUUCUUUUAAGGUACCCUGAUACCAUUAUCUUACCUGGAACUUGUUUUGAAGCAGUCUUCAGCGUCUGUUUCAGGUUACCCUGGAGUGACUUUUGUUUAGUUUGAGCAAAUUUCUGUUUCAUUAUUUUGACACAUCUGCUCUGUGUAAGGGUUAUCUUGGGCAUGUUUUAAGUGCGUUUCAAAAAGCCUAAAGCAGUUUCAAAGUGGUCCUUGAUAAGCUGUUUUAUGUACCCUCUAAAUUACCCUUCGGUGUGUUUAAGGAACCCUCUGAUAACUUUUCGAAAUGUUUGAAGGUCCUUUUUCGCGUCUGGUUUAAGGUACCCUAAGGUGACUCUUCUAAGACCCAUUUUCACACCAUUUUCUGACAUUCAGACAGUCUCAGCAGUCUCUCUUCAAUCUGUAAUACCGACUCAGAAGAGUCUGAACCAGCAUAUUAAUGAACCAAAUGUGUAAUCUUUGACUUACCGAGUUUCUUUUCCAUUGUUCUUUGUAUAAAAUCAGCUGCAGGCCUCGUCACAUGUGGAUGUGUCUGUUGGUUUUCAGAAAUCUGACUCUCUGUGGUCACAGCCGGAUCCUGGAGUCAAGCUGUGAACAUGAAAUGAACAGGAAAACCUCUGGUGAUAAACAAACAGGUGUAAAUUCCUUCUCAUAAGGAGCACACGAAUUCUGCCGAUGGGCAUUCAUGUGAGAUAUUUGUUCCACAGCUUGAGUCUGUACCGGUAGAUCUCCACUUACAGAAACUGUUUUUGUUUCUAUAGACGACAACAAGACUGUGAUUUCAUACACACUUGGCUGUUAAACUUUAUGAGAGAAACCGAAAACUGCGGAGUGCGGACUGCUUGCCUCUCCAGUUGUACCAACUUUAGUAAUGACCGCAGAUAGCAAUACAGAGAGCCACGGGCUCAACCAAAACGCCACUCUAUAGCCACAAAUAAUGUUCAGAACAGCACCUAACUUCAUCAACAGGACAUAUAGGGUCCCAGCCAUAGUACUAGUUGCUGUGGGGUGACACAGCUCAAGGAAGAACAUUUAUGAUCGUUUCUUCAUGGCAAAGCAAUCAGACCGAGACGUUAAGGCAGAAGAACUACCACGUCUGCAGUGCAAGAUGAUUACUAUGGUGAUUAUUACUUUAUGGAAAUGAAAAAGUAAUGAUCAUAAAUGUUCUUCCUUGAGCUGCGUCACCCCGCUGUAGUCCGUAAUGGACUCACCCAGUAGGUGUAGGCGUAGGUGAGUUGUGUUUAGACUCUUUGCUAAAGAAAUUAGUCAAAGUUAAAAAGAUGUUUGGUGGCUGGGACCCUAUAUGUCCUGUUGAUGAAGUUAGGUGCUGUUCUGAGCAUUAUUUGUGGCUAUAGAGUGGCGUUUUGGUUGAGUGCGUGGCUCUCUGUAUUCAUUUCUAAAGUUGGUAUAACUAGAGAAGCAAGCGGUCGUCAGCAUUCAUCUCUCAAGGGAUUGUCUAACUCGCGGGUAUAUCCCUUUAAGAAGGCGGUACUGUUUAAUUUGACAAAAGUGACAUUGUGUCUCAUUCAUGGCACAUUUGUAAAUCUGUGUUUUGCACAUAAUCAACAUAAAGUGACAGUCACUCCUGCCCGUCAAAGUGAAAUACCCAAAGUCCCUGCGUGGGCUUCAUUUUAAGCCAGCUCUUGUAGGGUCUGAUGGGUCAGUGGAGUCAUCAGCUGCUUCAGGGUUAAAACCUGUAGAUAAGAGGCGAGACUAAAAGGUCAGAACUACUAAAACAUUGAUGUAUGCUGGAGUAAAGCAUGUCUUUAUAAAAAAUUCUGAAUCAGAUUUAUAAGCGAGAAGAUUCACAACAAAAGGAAGUCGAUGUCUUUCACAGUAAAACUACUUUUUGAAGAUACUGUAAAAAAGACGCGUAUAUAUCGGCCAAGUCCUUCUAUCACCUGUUAUAAGUCCGUUCAAUGUUUUCUGUUUUCCUGUGUGUAUUUGUGAACAGGAAGCAGCCUGUGCUUACGUCAUAGCCCUCAUGGCGGUGUACUGGUGCACUGAGGUGCUGCCGCUGGCGGUGACAGCGCUUCUGCCGACCAUCCUCUUCCCCGUCCUCGGCAUUAUGGAGUCCAAAGAUGUAAGACCGGACAUGCACAUUCAUAAACACGUAUUAACCUGCCAAUUUGGGACGUCAUGAAGGAGUUCAAAUCUAUCCAGCUGUUAAUUUUAAAAGUGUGUGAUAAAGGUGAUGACGACUCUGUCUCUCAGGUGUGCAUGCAGUACCUGAAGGACACCAACAUGCUGUUUGUGGGCGGGCUGAUGGUGGCGGUCGCCGUGGAGCACUGGAACCUCCACAAACGUAUCGCACUCAGAGUCCUCCUGCUGGUGGGAGUUCGACCUGCACUGUGAGUCACUUUGCCUGCAGAACAUUUGGCUGAAAAUAAAGAUUUUGGAUUGUUUUAUUAGCAAGUAGGGGACCUCUAGUUUAGAGUCCCAUUUAGGGUCAGGCUUACCAGGAAGCAGGGGGACAACAAGUCCCUCUACACUUUCAGGAGGAGGAUGAAAAUCUCUGUGAUUUCCAAAAAGAAAGUCAGAUUUUGAUUUGACUUCUCUUCAGUCCACCUUAAAUUGGCAUGGUAGAAAAGGUUUGGUAACCACUUUAAAUCCAACACUAGAUGAAGAUAAAUCCCUCUUCAGGAUUCUGGUGUUCUAUUAUCCAAGCCGUAGCUGCAAAGGCAUAUCUAACGAACCAACCCCUAUCUCAGCAAAAGUCGAUUUGUUAUCAAAACAACCAUGACCUUAUUCUAACAAUAUCUAAAGCAUAUAUGUUUUCAAAUAUUUGAAAUUUUACCUGUUGUUUUAAGUGACCAUAAUCUGGGUUUGUGCAAUGUUGACUCUCAGAACUGGGACACCUCUGGAAACUCUUACUGGUGCACUCAUCUGUACUGUGACCUCCAGAGUUGUGACUCUUAAAAAUAUCUGAGUUAAUACAUGGUUGAUUGUUGACACUAAAAAGAGACAGCAGAAGGACUGUGGUGGCUCAUGGUCAGAACUUUUGACUUAGAGUAAGAGUUGGACCUGGAGGUGUUUUCUAUUCUCACUGCCAGAUAUUUUGUUAGAAGUAAAAUCCUCUGGACAAACAUCAUCACUGUAACUUAGAACAAACGGUCUAUUAUCUAUUCUGACCCCAGGAGUGUCAGGCUUAUAAUUAACUCAUCCCAUCAUCAUGCUGAUCAUUUUAUGCUUGGUUUGGCUUAUAAUGCCCAAAUUAAUUUGCAUGAUGCUAAUCUACAGGAAGGCUAACAGGAACUCUGUUUAGUGAAGAGUCAAUGAACCACCAAAGUCUGUUGUGUUAAUCCUUUUACAGAGACAUCAUCCUUCUCACGUUAAUCAAUCCAGUAUACGCUGAGAUUAGGUAAAAGCUGCUCUGAGAUUCUCACGGUAUGAUAACCAUAAAUUUUAAACUGGUGACAAAACAGACUGAAAUUAAAAUCUAUCCCUCUUUAUGACCUUAAAAUUUUAAUCAAACCAUUUAGAAGAAAAGUUACCAUUUCUACAAACCAUUGCAGCUUCAAUCAAAACAAUCCCAGUUUCGCUGCACUGUGAAAACAGUGUUGGAUUCUGGGUAAAAACAAUGACUUUUCUCCAUUGAAGACCAUUUAUUCUUUCGUCAAACAACAUAUUUGGUACAUUGUUAAUCAUGUAUGUUCAGUUAAAACACUAAAUAAAGCCAAAAGGACUGAUGUUGUGUUGUUUUCCUACAACAUGCACAUUCAUUGACCUGAUACACAUAAGUGAUGGGGCUGACUCUGAGUUUCACCGUCACUUGGCUUUCAUUGUAACUUUAAAGGGACUGGUAAUAGUAUGAGAGAAAUAUGUAGACUUCUUUAAAUCCCAGCAUACCUUCAAACUGGUUACCGGCCCACACCUCAUUGAGACGUUUACCCUAUAAGCACCAUUGAGCUUGAAGAAACGCUGUCCCUGAUACAGAAGGUGUUCCCAGUCCAGAUGAGACUUGUGCCAGACUUCUACCGAGAUCCAUGUUUUUGGUCCACCACUCUUCCAGUCUAAUUUUGCUCCUUGUUCCUUCAUCUGUCAACACCCACCAGCUGCACUUUCAGAGUGUGAAUUCCCGUGUUGAUUACAGAGUCAAUGUUUUCCUUGAUGCGUUGUUCUGCAGCAUCCAACAAAAACAGAAUCCAUACAUGUCUGCUGUAAGAUCUGAAUGGCCUGACCUGAUGGGCAGAAUACAAGCCUGGUGAAAUUUAAGGGUUAUAACUUCCUUGGUGAGUUUUGGGCAAACCUCAGGACAGUCCCUGGACACCAAUUCUGAAUUCCUGUGGUGUCUCCAAAGACCUGAGACAAAGUUUAUUGGUCUUACUGGUUCACUUUUCACCUUCAGCACUUUAAGGUCUGGUGUCCAGUGGCCCCCUUCCUUUUGAAAAGGGUCAUCAAAGGGUCAUCAUAUUGUUAUAACCUUCUCUUUCCUUGGAUUACAGGUUGAUGUUGGGCUUUAUGGGAGUGACAGCCUUCCUGUCAAUGUGGAUUAGCAACACAGCUACCACAGCCAUGAUGGUUCCUAUUGUCCAGGCAGUCUUGGACCAACUCAAUGGCAACGUAGACCCUGAGCCCACUUCCCAGAGUCAAAGAAAGAUUGUUAUUCUGCACCAGGACCAUCAGGAGAAAACCAACAGUCCGAGAAUCCUGGAGACUGGUAGGAUUGAAACUUCAUGGACUAUGUUCAUUGUGUCCUCAGCAAAGACCUUGUUCUGUGUAUCCUAUACUAGUUGAUGUUGUAUGCAAAGACUGUAUCAGUAGGACCCCUAGAAGAGGGGGCACUGACACUGAACAAUUAAUAUUUCUUUUCCAGGUCUAAAUGGUCCAACUUUAGUUCAAGACAACUCAGAGAAAAGCAGCAACUUACAAGACAACACGUCUCCUGAAGAGAAAGUGUCUUCAGAGGGUCAGAUGGACAAACAGGAGAUCGUCAAACCAACACCACAGGACAAGCCUCCAUCAGACUGCACCAACAGUGAGCCCGGUGAGUCCUAAGAGACUUAAGUAAUAUAUAUCCAUCCAUGUGCUCUUCUCAAAUCUCACUGUUCCUACCAAUGAAGCGCUAACAAAUCCGAACGAAAUCAUGCCAGAGUUCUUUUGAGUUAUUCUGGUGAUCCGUCUGUUGUAGUGGUCGUGUCAGUGGAGACUGUCUGCUGUCAGAUGGAGCUGGAGGAGCUGAGUGACAUGGAGGAUGAGAGGAAGACGAUGAGUAAAGGACUCUUACUGUGUGUGUGCUAUGCUGCAAGCAUCGGAGGCAUUGCCACCCUGACUGGAACCGGACCAAACCUGGUUCUGAUUGGACAGAUGAGCCAGUAAGUCCCGAUAAUGCCUAACUGAUACUUCCUAAAUCAGCCAAACAAACACUUGUGUUUAUGUCUGAGUCGUGGUUUAGUAGCUGCAAAGUUGUUCUUAGUUUAAACACUCAUACGUGCCUGUGAAAACAACUGCCAACACAAUACAUGCUAAUUUUGCUAGCAUGAAAGUAGCACAGACAACAAGGACCAUCUGACAUUUUAAGCAACAUUGCGAACUUGGAGGUUAAGUUCGGUAACUGAAUCAACUGAGAUGAAAUCUAGCAGAUAGAUAGCAGCAAAAGAGGGUCAUAUCGUACACCCCAGAGUGUUCAAGUAAAAUUGAGUGUUAAAUAGAACAGAGGAGCUGGAGAUGCUGGAAUUUCGCCCUUGUCUCCACACACUAUGACACCAAUUUCUGGAAGCUAGACUAGGGAAACCCUUGUUGAUAUCUCCUCACAAACCAGCUUCACCUCUAUCCAAUACACGCCAAAUACUCAAACCAAAACUGUCACCAAGCUCUCCAUCAUGCGCACUCUACAGAAUUUUCAGAAACAGUCACAGAUACUCACAGAGACUCAACAGUUCCCAUUGUGCGCACAGUAAAAAGUACAACCAUUUGACCUAGCAGGAAAGAGCAGGAAAAUCUAUCCCUUUUAGAUCCUGUCUAAUACCGUUAGCAUGUCAUCAGACUCAAAAUUUGUCUUCUCGUCAUGAAAGUUGAAUUUCCUGUUUGGAUCUCUCUCCUAGACUCUUCCCUCAGAACGGUGAUGUGAUCAAUUUUGCAUCCUGGUUUGCAUUUGCAUUCCCCACCAUGAUUCUGACCCUGAUACUGGCCUGGUUUUGGCUGCAGUUCCUCUACAUCGGCUGCAAGUGAGUAGCAUCACCAGAGCAUCUGAAACACACGAACAAAAUUGGAUUUCGUUGAGACCCUCUGGUGCUUGAAUCAAGUGCCCAAAAUAAUGAACCAUCCACCUUUACCAAACCAAGUCUUUCACCUGUUGCAGCCUGCGGAAGACAUGGGGUUGUGGGGCGGUGCAGUCAGAGAAGGAGCGAGCAGCGUACGAGGUGAUCAGAGAUGAACAUCGGCGUCUGGGGAAGAUGAGCUAUGGAGAAUUUAGCGUGCUGGCGCUCUUUACCCUAAUGGUGGCACUGUGGUUCACACGGGAUCCACGCUUCAUGGACGGCUGGGCCACCCACAUCUUCAACUCCAAGGCAGAGUGAGUGCUGAACGGGUGAAAGAGAUUUGUCAAAGUGUGUUCAAACUGUGUUUUUGGAUUAGAGCCUUUCCUUUUUGUCCUUUUAUGGUGAAAUGUAUUGCUCAUUGUGAAUAUUUGCUGUGAAGGUGUUAAAAAGGAACUAUUUUUCUUUGGCUGACCGUCCAUCCCCUGCCAUGACACCGACCUCCACACGCUAAAGUAUCAUCCUGCUAAUGAUGGUUUUGUUUGCUUUUGGCGGUCAUAAAGAGGCAUCAGGACCAGUUUGCAAUGGUAACCUGAACACUGACAAAUAAAGGGAAUACUUUGACCAGCUUUUAGGCGAGAUAUUCCAAAGUGUCGUAGACACUCCAAAACACAAUUACAUAGUGCUCACGAUGGCGUUGGCCACUGCAGCAUAAAAUCCACAUGGAAGUACAAACUAUGCCGUACCAAGCUCACCACAGGAUCUCAGCUGCGGAUUUAAAGACUUUAAAGAGGCACUGAAUCCUUAAACAGCUGUGUGGGUUCAUUUUUAACAGGAGUGCCGCCUUGAAUACAUCAGCCACACUCCUCCGUUAGUGUAUGUUGGGUCAGUGCUGCUCCUGCAUUAAUAUAAAGUGGAAGAAAGUCCCUGUUUGGAGGAAUGAAUGAACCCAAGCUGCAGCUGAACGCAGACCUGGCCUCGGGGCAACUUCCCUGAACACACAGGAAUAAGAAGUGAAGAGCAAACAUGGGAAGCGUCCCGGGUUCAAACCAUAGACUUUGGCAUCACGUCAGCGGUGCAGGGUCCAGCUGUGCUGCAGAGCUGAUCGCUGCCACUGCAUGAACUAAGAUCACCUGCACGUUGCACCAGGCUAACUAGAUGUCUAGUUCCUAGGUUUUUAUGUUUGCACAAGCUGCAGCUUAUCUUACUAUCAGAGGAAAGCAAUGUGUCCGAAUUGCAGAAAUCAAACACUAGAAUGGCAGUCCAGUCCAAACCUUCACGAAUAACAUUCAUAGAGACCUUUCACCUUAAUCUGAAUCCAAAAAUCAAGUUUUUAGACGUGAAACAGAAGAAAUAAAUCAAAGCAUGUCUGUUAGUUUCACUCUGUUAGCCAGAGCCUGCAGGGUAACAUAAUGUGGAAACUCAUAUCAAGAUUCAGAUCAUGCGCGAUCAGUCAGUACAUAAACUCUUAAAGGUAUUUACGCUUUAAGGGUAAGUAAAGUGGAAUAAAAGAACAUCAAUAUUUAUAUUUGUGAGGGGAUAAAAAGCAUGAACAGUCAGCUGAUUUUCUCCGGAGAGAUUCUACUUUAUUUUGCCGCUGACAUGGUGCAAACUGACCUUAGACCGUGUUAUGUAAUCUCAUUCAGGUUCACGCUGGUUGGAAAAUCAAAUGGAGAUUCGUUGGCACGUUGUCUUCUUACUAGGAAAGUUUGCAAUGCUCUCUGUCACCGGGGAAAUCAUUAAGAAAAGAUGCAGAUUAAAGUCGACCUGUUGGUUUUCACCACUGAAUUCAGUGCCUUAAAGAGCUGGACUCUAGGAAACCAUUUGGACCUGAUUUAAUGGAUCAUUAUAGGCAGGCAGGCAGGCAGGCAGGCAGAUCCAUAUUCAUAUCAUUUCAUAGCUGAGCCUCUUGCACAUCUUAUUACCCUCAACGUGCUGACUAAGGAAAUUUUAAUGAUAUGGAAAUCUGCUGUUGUUCUCUCAGACUGGUUAUGGCCCCAGUUUUUUAAAUAAAUACGGACUACUUUCUGAUUUGUCUGUGUCGGCUGAAAGUCUACAGUCGCAUUAGUGUUCAACUAAAAGAGUUUUAGCACACUAAUUCAAUUUCAUUAACAUAUCAAUCCGGUUUCAGUAAAUGCGCAGCACUAUCACAGCAGCACUGAAGGUGGUAAGUGAUGUUUCUGAGCUCUUAAAUCAGACUAAUGAGGACUGAACUCUCUGAAGAUGCAGUGGUUUUUAGAUGAUCGUAGGGAUUGGUCUUGGUGCAUUAGGCACAAUGGUUUAUGCCUUAAAGGGAUAUUCCGGCGUAAAUGUUCUUCCUUGAGCUGUGUCACCCCGCUGCAGUUGAUGGUCUCUAUCCAAACAAGCUGCUGCUGGAAGAGAGUAGGUGAGUGGCUCUCUGUAUUGUUAUCUGCAGUCGUUACUAAAGUUGGUAUGGCUAGACAAGCAACCGGUCGGCAACAUUCAUCUCUUGUGGGGGUGUCUAACUCUGUGUUACGGUGUGUUUGACCCUAACUUAGUUGUACCAAAUAGUUGUACCACAGGGCUCCAGUGUUGUCAGAUACUGUGCUCCAUUUUUACACAGAUGACACUAAGCUGUUAAAGUCCGUUUUAACUGCUGUGGGUCUGUUAUAAGCCCCCCUUUUGUGUAAGAUCCUGUUGAGGUACCCUUUAGUUUUUAUCGAAGGCUUGAUUUGAUGUCACUUUUGUAUAAAGGUAUCCAUAAACACUGGAACAAAGCAUGCCCCCUCACCUUUUACCUGUUUUCCAAUCCAUACGCACUCAUUCAUAAACUGCCUGCCGAGUCACAUGACCUGGAGAAGACGUCAGUCAUUGAUCUGUUUGUCCUGAUUGCUGUUUUUGGUCAGUUGGCUGUCAUGUUUUCAUUGAAUGUGGGCCAAGAACACAGACAAGGUCGGCUCUUUGACGGGGAUCAGAGGAAAAAAAACAUGUCAGCAGUUCUCAGAAGAGCUGAAGAUUAAAUCAUUUUGUUUUGGAUAAUCAACACACCCUCGACAACUCCAUCGUUCCACCUCAACUGACGGAUGUUAAACUUGUUGAUCUACAUUCACAGUUUUUUAAACGAUUUGAAAACAACUUUUUGUGAAAUCACUUUUUCUUUUUUCUUUUUUUCUUCUUUUUCAAGAUUCUGGGAAACUUUUGCAAGAUCCACAUUACUUCAUUCAAAGGACUUUUGUAUCACAAAGAGAAUUUUUGAGAUCCAGUGAUGAUUUUGUAAAAUAUUGAGAAAGUGCCAUAGAAAACUUUGAAAGUUCCUGAGUAACUUUUUCAAGAUCUUGUAAGCCUCUUGUAAGGUCAUGAAAAAGUUUUGUGAGACCUACAAAAACCUGUUAUGAACCUGAGAAAUAUUUAUCACAUCAAGCUGAACUUUUGCAAGAAAUCUUAACAAUGGACCUAAAAACUUCUUGUGAGACUCUGUAAAAUUUUUGCAAGAUUAUGAGACACUUCUGUGAUAAACUGACAAGAUUUUGCAAUACGCCAAAAAGCUUUCUAGAAAAAAAAUUGCGAGAUCUAAAGAAACUAUUUGAGAUUCUCAAAAUCUGUUUUAAGAUCAUGAGAUACUUGAGUGAUCACCUGAGAGAGUCUUGUAAGAAUUUGAACAACAUUUGUGAAAUGCUGCAAAACUUCUGCAAGUUUUCUAAAAAUGUUUUAAGAAAAAUUUACAAGGUCCUAAUAGAACCUCACAAAACUCAGAGACCAGAUCCCUUAGAUCCCCAAAACUCUAUAUUAGACCUCCAAAAACUUUCUCAAGAGUCUGAACAUUUUUAAAAAAGAUUUUCAAGAACCAGAGAUACUUUUUUGAGAUCAUAAAAAAGUUUUGAGGGAGUCUGUGUCACAUAUGUUGUUGCAUAAAACAGAUACUCUUGCAAACCACUGACAGACUGUUGGAAAAUCUGUGAACUUUUAAGAUCCUGAGAAACUCUUGAACGAUCGUUAAAAAAAGCUAUCGCAAUAUAUGUAGAAAUACUUCUGUGAGACUGCGAGAAACUAUUGUAAGAACUUUGAAACUUUCAUGAGAGUCUGAGAAACUUGCAAGAUCAAGGAAAACCGUGAGCGACGUCUCAGACCACCUCAGAAACUUCGCAUGAUCCAGAAGAACUUGUGUGAGAUUCUGAAGAAAGUUUCUCAGGAUCAUGUUUGACCCAAGUCUUCCUCCUCAUGAACCUCGGGGGAUUCCAUGCUGAUAAGGGGGCUACAUUUGUUCAGUCUGACAGAAGGCUGUUUGUCCAAAAAGCUGCAGAAGAUAAUGUGAUGUCCUGGUUUUGAAAGAGGGCUUUGGGUGGGAUGGGGCUGUCUGUCACCUUGGCCCUUCGGUUUGUGUAAACGAACGAUUUCCACAUGAUUCCUGGGGGCACAGGUUCAUGCUGGAGCUCAGAUUUUUGCAGAAGUCAGACUUCAAACGGUUAAAAAAACCAGAGUUAAAAAUAACGGUUCAACUUUUACCUCCAUUAAGCCUUUAUCUGUAACAUAAGCAAAGCGCUGUUUUAUCACUUGUAUUACAUAAAAAGUGAAACGUGGUGCUAAUAUCCCGAUUCUUUUGGUCGCCGGGUGCAUGUCAAUAUACACUCUGUGGUGAAAUUUUCAUCCAUGAACUGAACUGGUCGUGUUGCAGCACGAGGCACAAGUGAACAUGAGACCAUGAGAAUCAAUAACGGUUGGAUGAAGAUAGAGAUGUACGAUGGUGUGGAACAAAGAUCUGAACUUGUUGGUUUCACUUAAAAGGUUAAUGCAAAUUCCAGAUAAAGUAUAGUAACUAGUUUUCCUGCAGAAGCUUAAGAUUGUGGGGAUGGAAGGUAGAACCACUGGUAGAUUCAAAGCUUUCCAUUCGGACUCAGCGCAAUGACUGCAUGACCGAUGAUGUUGCACCAACACACCUGUCACAAUCCUUUGACCCUCACUGUGAAUCAAGUCUUAAGAUUAAACUCCUUAACUUGGGACAAAGACUCAAUCUCAAAAUUAGAAGUGUGUAAAAAUCCAAUCAUUGUGUUUCUGCAGGUUUGUCACCGAUGCGACCGUCUCUCUGUUCGUCGCUGUUUUGUUGUUCGUUCUCCCCUCUGAGCCCCCUCGCUUCCUCUGCUGCUGGAAGAGCUCUGAUACAGGUAACACAUGUUCAAGCAAGUAACACACACAACAUCGUGAAGUAAAGCUUUGAUUUAAAAUGUGUUUUUAUCCAAUCAGAGUCCCAGUUGUCACGAGGCCCCGCCCCUCCUCUGCUCACCUGGCAGGUGACUCAGAAGAAGAUGCCCUGGAACAUCGUGCUGCUGCUCGGAGGAGGCUUCGCUCUCGCCAAAGGCAGCGAGGUGUGUGUGUGUGUGUGUGUGUGUGUGUGUGUGUGUGUGUGUGUGUGUGUGUGUGUGUGUGUGUGUGUGUGUGUGUGUGUGUGUGUGUGUGUGUUUAUUCAGUUGUAUAGUGACUUUUUGGUAUGACUGAAGUUGGACACUUGGGACUGUAGCAGGAAACAUCAAAUAUUCUUUUUCUCUGUGCUAACCAGAACGGUGUGUUUGUUUCGUGUGUCUUUCUGUGUUUGGGGGGUGGGGGUUGUCAGGAGUCCGGUUUGUCCCGUUGGCUCGGCACACAGAUGACACCACUCCACUCAAUCCCUCCAUGGGCGAUAGCCAUCAUCCUCUGCCUCCUCAUCGCCACCUUCACCGAGUGUGCCAGCAAUGUCGCCACAGCAACGCUUUUCCUGCCCAUCCUGGCCUCCAUGGUAAAGAAACAAGUUCAUCGAUGUUUAACAAACGCUGAAUUCAAACGGACAGGGGUUGUAUCGGACAGACUCACAUGAGAAUCUUGUAGGAGACCGCCUCUAGUGGACACUUAGGGAACUGCAGAUUUUGGCUUUAUUUCUGAGCACUACUCUGUUACAAGACAUCUCAAACUUCUUAAAAUCUAUUUUGGAGACAGUCUCUGGUGGACACUUAUAGAACUGCAGGUUCUGAGUCGUUUAUUUGCUUCUAUUCCAAGCGGCUUCCUUUUUACUUAAAAUACAAAAAAACUUAUGACAUUUUAGCCGAGGAAACUGAAGUUAUUGCGUGAAUUUAAGCGACGAUUGUGCUAAAUCAGUUUGCUCCUUUUUCCGCAACAUUGUUUUGCGUCCAUAUUUUGAUUUUCUACUAACAGACUAUUCUAUCUUUUCUGAUUCAGUCCCAAUCCAUAAGCCUGAACCCUCUGUACGUGAUGAUCCCCUGUACGCUCAGUGCUUCAUUCGCCUUCAUGCUGCCAGUGGCCACGCCCCCUAACGCCAUCGUCUUCUCCUAUGGUUUACUCAAAGUUUCCGACAUGGUGAGUCGUCCUUAUUUGGUGAGGAAAAUGGAAGAUUCGCACCCUCCUAUGAAGUCAUUUUAACCUUCUGUUCCUCCUCUUCUUCCUCUUACUGUAGGCUCGAGCUGGCGUGGUCAUGAACAUUAUCGGGAUUGGCUGUAUCAGCCUCGCCAUCAACAGCUGGGGUCGCGUCAUGUUCGACCUAGACACGUUUCCCUCAUGGGCCAACGCCACAGCGCCAGUUUGAAAGCAACAGCCGGCUCCUCUUCCAACCAGGGACUCUGUUUGUACUGUUUUUUGUAUGUUUUCACGCUGCAGCUGAAUAACGCUGCUUCUGAGCCACAGAAACAUGAACUACAAGUCCAGAACCUUCUCCUGACCAGUGAGGAGUUCAUCACUCAAAGAGUUUCCUUCAAGCUCUGGAUAAACCCGACCAAAAGACAUUUGGGCAUAGAUAUUUUGUUCUGUUUGCAGCACUUACUCAGGUUUAGCGUAAACCUCUGGACCUGUAUGAUUAGUUUUUUAGUUAAUUCUGGUGUUUUGAGGUGAGUCCCAUUAUUGUUUUAUUUCACUGACCAUACUACCUUUAGGUUUUUGGAUGUUAACAGAUAUUAAGAUUGAAUUUUGGCUCUUAAUUUAAAAUCUUUGUUGGGCAAAUUUGGUUUACCCCAAAUUACACUUGAAAAACUGAAAUCUAACUGUGUAUUUGCCAUCUUUUUAUAAAUGUAUGUCAUGAUUCUUGAAAUUAACAGCAUUCACCUGACAAGGCUCAUUUCACAAACCUGAUGAGUUCUUCUGGUGCGCAACCAUUUUGUUAUACACAACAGGUGUAAAAGGUGAAAUGUACACUUUUGUCAGUUUGAUUUCUGCUGUUCAGAGGAAAUACUGAAGUGAAGUAAACACGACUAUUUGCAUCGGCAUAACUGGCACAGGAAAAGAUGAGGGGUAAAAUAGUCCAGCUCAAGCCUGGUUUAAGUAGAAUGGAUAAAAUUCGAAUAAAUCGGGGACUUAGUCCGACCUCUCUGCACACUGCGCUCCAUUUAGUGCCCAGAUUUUGUGCCACUUAACAACCAAAAUGUUGUCAUGUACACACACCCUACUUUUACUUUGAGCCAUGCAGUUUAAAAGGUUUACAUCAUUCAAUCUUUAAGAGUUUCAGGCAGGGAAAUAUACUAAUUACAAGGAAUUCAGACCUUUAUGUUUGCCUUUUUUAUCUGGAAAUAAUGUGUUACAUCUGGUUAAUGUGUCUCAUAUAUUCAUUGGAAGUUUGUUAAAAACACUUGGUAGGAUAUGAGGGGUGUCUUUACCGCUUAAAUGUAAAUCUGUGCCAUUUAUCACGAACAGCAGGGGAAAGUUGUCUUCAUGUCGUCUUGCAGACAGACCCUACAAAUCCUGAGUUUUAACUCCUCAGCAUCCUUUUAAUCUGUUGACUGUAAGUCAAUCACAGUUUGUUUGUUUGUUUGUUCUGGGUUCACAGUGCUGUGGUAAACCAGAUUUUCUCUGAGUUUAAGGCAUAACUUACUAUUUAUAGUGAGGGGAAGACUCAGAAGAAACUUUACCAAUAUGGAAACAUCUAAAAAAAAGGGGAUAAAACAACUCUUAUUUCUAUGAAUUAAAAGUAUUUGUAGUGAUUAGAUGUGUAUUUGUGUUGUUUUCUAUUUAAAAUUUUGGGUUUUCAGUGAGGUAAAUGUGUGUCAACUCGUGAAUGUGUAUUGUAUAUAUGUAACCUCUGGUGUUUUGUACCAAUAUGUUGCUAACAGUUUUAUUUGUUGUUAAUAAAACUUGAUCUUUGAAUAAAAGUGUGAUGAAAAUCCUUGAUUUCUGAUUAUUUUAUUUCUAAUAAUGUGAGUUAUCCGCCCACAUGCAGGAGUUUAGACCUGAUUAUAGUGAGUCUGCAGUUUUACUCAACUAUAGUUGUAUUUUUGAUACAUGUCUAUUUAAUAUAUAAAGCAUUUUUCUGUUGAAAUAAGUCAGCGGUUAUCAUAAUACUUAAAAACAUCCUAAAUGAAUGAAAAUGCUUCACUAAUUCCAAAGCAAU